AUGAGUGAUAGUGAAAGUGAAUUCUCUUUGGCCGCGUUUUCGGAUGAUGAGAAAUCAUGUUCUGAAUUCGAAGAUCAUGUUGAGGUUGCAGAUUCUUCCGACAGUGAUUUUAGUGAUGACGAAAAUUCUCUUGAGCCUUCUGAAAUGAUGUCGUCAAAAAAUGGUCAAAUAAACUUUUCAAAAACCCCUCUUGUAACAAGUGCCGGAAGAGCUUCAAGAGAAAAUAUUAUCAGCUUGAUUCCUGGACUAACGCGCUACUCGUGCUCACGAAUUACCGAAAAAGAAAUUUCUAGCUUUGAACUAUUUUUUCCACCUCCUUUGAUACGUACGAUAUUGACCUACACAAACAUUGAGGGAAAACGAAUAUAUGGUGAAGAAUGGCUGGAUAUUGAAAACAUCGAACUAUUUGCAUUUAUUGGAUUGCUAAUAUUAGCUGGCGUUUUUCGAUCAAAUAACGAAAGCUGUGAAAGUCUUUGGAACCCUGAAACCGGAAGACCAAUAUUCGCUGCAACUAUGCCUUUGAAGACUUUCAAAAAAAUAUCGAGGGUGAUUAGGUUCGACAACAGGGAAACUCGAAGUGAACGAAGAUCGUUGGAUAAAUUUGCUCCUAUACGUGAUUUGUGGAAUCAAUGGGUUGAGAUAUUACCUAAGCUUUACAAUCCAACGGAAAACGUGACCAUCGAUGAACAAUUAGUAGCUUUCAGAGGAAGAUGUCCAUUCCGCCAGUACAUGCCAGCAAAGCCUGCAAAGUAUGGAAUCAAAUUUUGGGUACUUUGGGAUUCAACAACGAGCUAUGUUUGGAACCUCCAACCUUACACUGGCAAGGCAAUCGGAAGAACCCCCGAGAAAAAUCAAGGAAUACGUGUUGCUCUUGAUUUGAUUGAAGGGCUAAAAGGACAUAACCUCACAACCGACAAUUUUUUCACGUCUUAUCAAUUGGCACAAAAAUUAUUGGAGAAACGUAUUACGAUAGUAGGAACAAUACGCAAAAACAAGCCCGAACUACCACCAGACUUAGUGAACAUAAAAAGAAGACCACUAAAUUCAUCAAUCUUCGCUUUUACCGAACAAACAACUCUCGUUUCGUACAUACCUAAGAAGAAUAGAGCUGUGAUUCUACUUAGCACUCUACACCAUGAUUCAAAAAUUAGUAAUCGUCGGGAUAAAAAGCCAGAAAUAAUACUGGACUACAAUAAAUGUAAAGGUGGUGUAGACACAUUGGACAAAGCUGUAAGCGGUUACACUUGCAAACGAAUGACAAAACGGUGGCCUCAAGUAGUGUUUAGUAACAUAAUUGACAUUUCAGCUUAUAACGCUUUCGUUUUAUUCAAAUUCGCCAACCACGCCUGGAAAGAGGGCUGUCUUACAAAGCGCCGUUUUUAUUUGGAAAACCUUGGUAUGCAGCUCGUAACACCCUAUAUAAAAAAGCGACAAACUUUACCACGAGCACAUUUUUCACUUGAAAUUGCCAAAAAAUACGAAAGGAUUCUCAACUGGAUGCACAACCAUCAUCAUCAGGUCAAUUUGGAAACACGCCGGAAAAGAAAAUAA